GCAGUCUCUCGCUGCUAUUCGCCUGUCAUUGGUGUCAGUGCGGGGCAGCAAACAUGGCCAAGCCUCUGACCGACCAGGAGAAGAGAAAGCAGAUCAGUAUCAGGGGGAUAGUCGGGGUGGAGAAUGUGGCAGAGCUGAAGAAAGGAUUCAAUAGGCACCUGCACUUCACCUUGGUUAAAGACCGCAAUGUGGCCACGAUCAGAGACUACUACUUCGCCCUGGCGCACACUGUGCGGGAUCACCUGGUGGGCAGGUGGAUCAGAACCCAGCAGUACUACUAUGAGAAGGAUCCCAAGAGGACGUACUAUCUCUCCUUGGAGUUUUACAUGGGCCGGACCUUGCAGAACACAAUGAUAAAUUUGGGUCUUCAGAAUGCCUGUGAUGAAGCAAUUUAUCAGCUUGGCUUGGACAUAGAAGAACUAGAGGAGAUGGAAGAAGAUGCUGGUCUUGGCAACGGAGGUCUGGGAAGGCUUGCAGCAUGCUUUUUGGACUCUAUGGCAACUCUUGGACUCGCUGCUUAUGGCUACGGUAUUCGUUACGAGUAUGGAAUCUUUAAUCAGAAGAUCAAAGAUGGAUGGCAGGUAGAAGAAGCAGAUGACUGGCUGAGACAUGGAAAUCCCUGGGAAAAAGCACGCCCAGAAUUUAUGCUUCCUGUUCAUUUCUAUGGAAGAGUGGAGAGCACCAAAACAGGGCCUCGAUGGGUGGAUACACAGGUUGUAUUGGCGAUGCCAUAUGAUACCCCAGUGCCUGGCUACAUGAACAACACUGUAAAUACCAUGCGGCUUUGGUCUGCUCGUGCACCUAAUGACUUCAACCUUCGUGACUUUAAUGUUGGUGAUUAUAUCCAGGCUGUGCUGGACAGAAACUUGGCUGAAAACAUCUCCCGUGUUCUGUAUCCAAAUGAUAAUUUCUUUGAAGGGAAAGAGCUUCGUCUGAAGCAAGAGUACUUUGUGGUGGCUGCUUCCCUUCAGGAUAUAAUUCGCCGAUUCAAGGCUUCAAAAUUAGGAUGUCGGGAUAGUGUCCGAACUUCAUUUGAUUCCUUCCCUGAAAAGGUAGCCAUUCAGCUGAAUGAUACCCAUCCAGCCCUAGGAAUUCCAGAAUUAAUGAGGAUAUUCCUGGAUGUAGAAAAACUGCCCUGGGACAAGGCCUGGGAAAUCACAAAGAAAACAUUUGCAUAUACAAACCACACUGUGUUGCCUGAAGCUCUGGAGCGCUGGCCUGUGGACCUUGUGGAAAAACUCUUGCCAAGACAUCUCCAGAUCAUCUAUGAAAUUAACCAAAAGCACUUAGAUAGAAUAACUUCGCUCUUCCCUGGAGAUGUUGGCAGGAUUAGAAGGAUGUCCUUGAUUGAAGAGGAUGGCGUGAAAAGGAUCAACAUGGCCCAUUUGUGCAUUGUUGGAUCACAUGCUGUUAAUGGUGUAGCCAAGAUUCAUUCCGACAUUGUGAAAAAUGAAGUGUUUAAAGAUUUUAGUGAUCUAGAGCCAGGAAAAUUCCAGAACAAGACAAAUGGAAUCACUCCUAGGCGCUGGCUUCUGUUGUGCAACCCUGGCCUCGCUGAGCUGAUAGCAGAGAAAAUUGGUGAAGACUAUGUUAAAGACCUCAGUCAGCUGACCAAGCUGGAGAAGUUUGUUGAUGACAACUCCUUUAUCAGAGACAUCUCUAAGGUUAAAGAGGAAAACAAGCUCAAAUUUGCUCAGUACCUGGAAAAGGAAUAUAAAAUGAAGCUCAACCCAGCCUCCAUGUUUGAUGUUCAUGUGAAAAGGAUCCAUGAGUAUAAACGACAACUGCUCAACUGUCUCCAUAUUAUCACUUUGUACAACCGCAUCAAAGCAAAUCCGACCAAGGAUUUUAUUCCCAGAACAGUUAUCAUUGGAGGCAAAGCUGCUCCCGGCUAUCACAUGGCAAAGAUGAUAAUAAGGCUGAUUACAUCUGUGGGAGAUAUUGUGAACAAUGACCCAGCCGUGGGAAACAAGCUCAAGGUUAUUUACCUUGAGAACUACAGAGUAUCACUGGCGGAAAAAGUGAUUCCAGCUACGGACUUGUCUGAACAGAUUUCCACAGCGGGGACUGAAGCUUCUGGCACUGGAAACAUGAAGUUCAUGUUGAAUGGAGCCCUGACUAUUGGUACAAUGGAUGGUGCCAACGUAGAAAUGGCAGAAGAAGCCGGAGAAGAGAACAUGUUUAUAUUUGGUAUGAGAGUGGAGGAUGUUGCAGAACUGGACAAGAAGGGUUAUAAUGCACAAGAAUAUUACGAAAAACUCCCCGAGCUAAAGAAAGUGAUUGAUCAGAUAAAAAGUGGGUAUUUCUCUCCUGCAAAGCCUGAUCUUUUUAAAGAUGUUGUGAACAUGUUGUUCAACCAUGACAGGUUUAAAGUCUUUGCAGAUUAUGAAGCCUAUAUCAAGUGCCAAGAAAAAGUCAGUGAGUUAUACAAGACUCCAAAGGAAUGGACCAAAAUGGUAAUUAAAAACAUAGCUGCGUCUGGAAAGUUCUCCAGUGAUCGUACCAUAAAGGAAUAUGCCAUGGACAUCUGGGGAGUGGAGCCAACAGAUCUGAAGAUCCCUCCACCCAAUGAGCCAAGGGAUGUGGCGGAGGAUGCUGGUGCAGGGGCAGCUGGGAAAGCAAAAGCAGCUGUGAAAGCAAAAGCCUAAGCUAUUGUUCAGAAGUAGUGGCUACAAUAAUAGCUUGAAUUCAGCACUGUCCAGUUUGCUAACAUUGUUUUUGUCGAGGUUUGGGACCAGAAUGCAUCUUAUAUUCCUUGCUUUGCACUAUGAGACCAGCAGUAGUAGGAUUAUCUACAGUAUCUGACUGAAAUAAUGGUGGUAUGUUCUGUACUAUACUGUAUGGUCAUUCAACAAAUCUAAAUAAUUUUGCUGCAACAUAUCUUGAGCAAAAUAAAUACCUAUGUUUAUAUUGUG